GAAAUAACAAUGGAUUCAGUAUUAUCCCGCUUGAAGCAGCUCACCGCUGAUGAGCUUAGAGAAGAAAUAAUAAAAGCGGGACUGAAGUGUGGACCCAUUACCUCAACCACUAGGUCUAUUUUUGAAAAAAAAUUGGCUCGGACUUUGUUGGAACAGCAAGGAGCGUUGGAGGAGAAAGGAUCUGCUCUUUCAGAGGAGGCUGCUGGAAACAUCCCUUCUGAUAGCAACCAGGCAGAAACGCGAAAGGCUUUGAAAACCUCAGCAGUGAAUCCCACCUGUCAUGGAAAUGCUGCUGAGGAGGCAGACUUUGGGUACUCUGUAGGUCUGAACCCUCCAGAAGAAGAUGCYGAGAUCCACAGGAACGGUUCAGCUCCAGUUUGUGGAGGAGCACGCUUUGAUUCACAAAUUGAUACUCAGCCACCGUCCAAAGAUCCUCCUCUGUACUAUGGUGUCUGUCCGGUCUACGAUGACAUAUUGGCAAGAAAUGAGAGAGUACAUGUUUAUGAAGAUAAAAAGGAAGCUCUCCAAGCUGUUAAGAUGAUUAAAGGCUCCCGAUUCAAAGCUUUUUCAAACAGAGAAGAUGCUGAGAAAUUUGCUAAAGGAAUUUGCGAUUACUUUCCGUCUCCGAGCAAGUCCUCUUUAUGUUUAUCUCCAGUGAAGAUAGGGUCAUUUAACAGAGAUGGCUUGUGCUCCCCUGAGACUGAAACUGCUAAUAAGGAAAGGGCCAACAGUUACAAGAGUCCACGUACUCAAGAUCUUACCGCUAAGCUGCGGAAAGCUGUUGAGAAAGGAGAUAUAGCGACAUUUUCAGAACUUAUCUGGAGUAACCCUCGCUAUCUGAUUGGAUCUGGAGACAAUCCAACAGUUGUUCAGGAGGGGUGUAGGUACAACGUCAUGCAUGUUGCUGCCAAGGAGAAUCAACCGGCUAUCUGCCAGUUAUUACUAGACACUCUGGAAAAUCCCGACUUUAUGCGGCUCAUGUAUCCAGACGACAAUGAUACGAUGUUGAAGAAGCGCAUCCGAUAUAUUGUUGACCUUUACCUUAAUACACCGGAUAAAAUAGGCUUUGAUACGCCAUUGCAUUUUGCCUGCAAGUUUGGGAAUUUGGAUGUUGUUAAUGUGCUUACCUCCCAUCCAGCUAUUGUAAAAAAUCCAAGAAAUAAGUAUGAUCAAACUCCGACAGAGGUGGUUUGUGAAAGAAGCAAGAAUAAAUCUGCAGAAUUGAAAGAAAAGAUAAGAGAAUAUUUGCAAGGUCGAUACUACGUACCGCUCUUGAGAGCAGAUGACAAUUCCUCAGCUCCUGUAAUCGGUGCCCCGUGGUCGCCCGAUCAGACAGACAAUAGCCCCCAAACAUCUUUACCUAUGUACCAUGGCAGCCCCAAAGAUCCAGUGCUGUCAAUAAGAGCUUUUGCAGGCCCUAUGAGCCCCUCAAAGGCUGAAGAAUUCCGCAGGCUUUGGAAGACUCCGCCUCGAGAGAGAGCCGGCUUCUUUCACAAUGUCAGGAAAUCUGAUCUGGAAAGAGGUGUUGAAAGAGUUGGAAGGGAGUUAGCUCAUGAACUGGGGUUCCCGUGGGUUGAAUACUGGGAAUUUCUGGGCUGUUUUGUUGAUCUGUCUUCCCAGGAGGGGUUGCGAAAAUUAGAAGAGUACCUGAGUCAUCAGGAAAUGAGCGAAAAGGCUCAGCAAGAAACAGGGGAAAAUGAAACCUGCAAUAGAUACAAAACUCCCCAUCCUUCUGGCAAGAGUAAGAAGUGCUGCAAUUCUAUUUCUGUCGGAGCAUUUUUGGAUGAGGACGAUGAUGACAUGAGCUUAGAAGAAAUUAAAAACAGACAGAAUGCGGCACGUAAUAACAGCCAACCUGUUGCAUCCAAAGAACCUAGCAUAGAUGCUCUUGGGGACUCCGAGUGUGACAUCUUGGCAAUGGAGCCCACAGUCAACAUCAUAGAAAGAGCAGAUCAUCCCAGGCACUAUGAAAAGGGAGYUUCUUCCAGCAGAAAUGGGUUUUGUAAUCCCAUGGCCAGUGAAAGGAUAAUUAGUGACAGAAAGCAUUUUCGUGAUGGAGAAGAAUGCCUUGUGUCCCAUGUCUGCAAUUUAAUGCCAAAAUUUGAAAGACUGUCGUUCCGAGAGCAAGAGGUAGCAGGCGAAUCAAGUAAAAUCACUGAAAAACAUGAGAAUGUGGGAGUCCUGGCUGAAGGAACAGAGCCAAGUGUUACGGGCAGACCUGGAGAGACCAAGAUAAGGACAGAAAACAAAAUGCCAUCAGAAAUGGAGAGAUCGUCUGUAGAAUCUGGAAUUCAGACUAAUGAGGCACGAAAAUGUCAAGAAUCUUCUUCCCAGAAAUUUYUUUUGAAGACUUCACCCACAAAUGACAAUUCUAAGCCGUUAUUUCUCCUUGGGGAGCAGCCGUCGAAGCUGGAUAGUGAUGUCUUAGCAGCUAUAGGAGCAGCAGAGAUUGAUCCACAGAAGUACCCUGUUAUUUACAAGUGGAAACAUUCAGUGGAGUCCUACUGUUCAUCUGACAGGCAAAGUUGGCCAAGUCCCGCGCUGAGAGCAAGAGUCAAGUCCCAACCUGUGGCUGCUGGCCCUCCAAAUGCCUCAGCGUAUUCUAGUCCGGGAAGAAAUAGUCCAGUGAUGGGCAGUCCAGGGAAAUACAGUCAUGCAGCGGCCUCGUCACCAGACUUGGGGAGUCCUGGACGCUACAGUCCCGCGUGUGUCAACCAUGCGCUCUUAAAACUGCGUUACUUUUCAGAGCCUCCUGCCCACUAAAAUACGAUUCGUCUUCUUGGGACUUCAAUUAUAUUUUCUUUGUUAGAGUGGAGGGGAAAAAAAAAAAAGGAAAAAAAAAAAUUACAAUGUUACUAAAGUGACAUGAUGUUUGUAUCUGGCUAUUUAUUUUUCCUCAAUUGAGGACAAAUAUAUGUUAAAAAAUUGAAUUUAAGUCUUUAUGCCAUGUACAAGAUACAGAUUACUGGUGAUUUGCAAGAAGUUAGUGACAGUGAGUGCAGUUGUUCGGUAGCUAUGAGUUAGUUAACCCUUGUUACCAGUAGAGCAGCAAGCUGAGCUUUUACUUAGACGUUAGUGGUACUUUACUGUAUCACCAAAUGUAAUUAUCAYGAUGAACCCAUUAGCCCUCAGCUGCAUUUCUGUGCUUGGAUCUUCUGGAUGAAGCCUGUCAUCAGUAAAUAGAAAUAUCUCAUUAAAGGAAAUGGCAAGAAGCAAAAUGUUCCUUCACUUGCAGGGGUGAGUGCUCAAACUGAGAAGUCUAAAAC